AUGCGUUCUUACAGCCCAUUUCUAGGUAUAGUUCUCGCCAGCCGCUGCUUGGCUGCAGAUGUUCCAAGUAAUGUCCAGAGUUUCUAUGAUGGCAUCAAGUCGGCAGGAUCCUGCAGUAAAAAGCUGAGCGAGGGGUUUUAUGCCCAUGAUGAUGGCCCAAAUACAUUCUUUUACUGCGGCGACCAUCUCGAUGACUACCAAGUCAUAUACCUUCAAGGUACUGGAGGCGCAAUGGCAGAUAUGGAUAUCGACUGCGAUGGAGAGCAGCAUGGGAAGGGUGAUGAUGGACGAUGUGGACCAUCUGAUGACACCCAAAGCCAGACGUCGUUCGAAGAUACAGUUGCUUCCUAUAACAAAGGAGUGACGGAUUUGAACGCCUUCGUGCAUCCCUACGUAGUGUUUGGAAACGUGGGAAGCAAGGGCUCAUUCGAUCCUCAAAGCAAGGGCGUGGAACCACUGAGCUUGAUGGCCGUGGUAUGCGGUGGCAAGAUGUUCUAUGGUAUAUGGGGCGACGAAAACGGCGAUGAUGGACCAAAGGCCGUCAUCGGAGAAGCGUCCAUCUCAAUGGCAACAUUCUGUUUCGGCAACAGUGUAAAUGGUAAUUCCGGUCAUGAUGAAACGGACGUCCUUUACAUCGCCUUCACAGGAGAAGACGCCGUUCCUGGAGCAGGUGCUGCCUGGGAUGCUGACUCUGCUACCGAUUUUGAAAGCAGCAUCAAGUCACUCGGCGACAAGCUCAUCCAGCGGAUUGGUGAUGGAAGUGGCACUACCAUAAGCUCGUUGAAUCCUAUUCUACCCGCAACAACCUUGAAGACAUUGACAAAGUCUUCCUCGGCGGGCGCUCCAACUUCUACUGGUAAUUGCUCGUGGCCUGGACAUUGUGCAGGUAAGUCUCAUAUCGGGUGUGAAUGA